UUGGGCCCCUGCAGCAUGCAUCUUCUCUUCCUCCAGCUGCUGCUGCUCCUGCCUCUAGGGAAGGCUGCAUGGCACCGGGAUGACCGCCAGAGUCAGAGUUCUGUUUCUCUCGUGCUCCUAGAAAGGAAUCGCAGAGAGCUCUCCUUGGGCAACCACGAGGAAGCUGAGGAGAAGCCAGAUCUGUUUGUGGCAGUGCCACACCUGAUAGGUGCCAGCACUGCAGGAGAAGGGCAGAGGCAGAGGGAGAAGAUGCUGUCCAGGUUUGGGAGGUUCUGGAAGAAGCCUGAGAGAGAGCUGCACUCACCCCAGGGCUCGCUCAGUGAGCAAUUCUUCCCUGGGACCCAGGGCCUCACUCAGCCAAAGGAUGGGAUGCCAAUGGAGAAAUCUCCUCUUCGGGAAGAAGCCAAGAAAUUCUGGAACCACUUCAUGUUCAGAAUGAGUCCAGCUUCUCAGGGGAUCAUUCUGCCCAUCAAAAGCCAUGAAGUGCAUCGGGAGAUGUGUCGGACAGUGCCCUUCAGCCAGACUAUCACCCAUGAAGAUUGUGAGAAAGUGGUUGUACAGAACAACCUUUGCUUUGGAAAAUGUGGGUCUAUUCGUUUUCCUGAAGCUGCACAGCACCCCCACACCUUCUGCUCCCACUGCCUGCCUGCCAAGUUCACCACGAUGCACUUGCAGCUCAACUGCACUGGCUUGGCCCCCGUGGUCAAGCUGGUGAUGCUGGUGGAGGAGUGUCAGUGCAAGGUGAAGACAGACCACCAGCAUGGCCACCCCGAACAGGCUGGCUUUCAGGCAGAAUUUUAUGUUCAUGAUCCCUUUAUUCCAGGACUUUCAACAUAA